UUAAAGUUACCUAUUUUAAAAAAAAAAAAAAAAUCCCGUAAGUUGUGAUUUUUGAAUAUUGAAACAUUUCCAUUCUACCAAAAUUUUGCCUUAUUUUGACUAUACCAAGACAAGAUACCCAAAAUCGGUUGAAUUGGAAGUUGUUCCACAGACCAUUGCCCCACUACUAAUGUGCGCACUACGUGUACCGGCCAUUGCUGCCACUGGCUUUGCAGCACAAUCGAUUCUCAGAAGGGUAGUUCCGUCAUUUACAUCUUCUCGUCCCACCACUCAUAACUUCUUUUCCGAUAAUACCCUCAUCCUUCGAACACCUCUGUAUCCCUCAGCUUUUGGCAUAUGCAGCCUACCACAGGCUGUUAAGGGUGAUGCUGAUGUUUUACUGAAAGGAGUGGCAGACAAGAACACCAUUGAAGAUGUGAAGCGUAUUGUUGAACUGGCGAAACGGGCAUCAUUACGACGAGAAGUUUUACAUACUGAUUUUCUGACUCCGCCUGUCAUAAAAGAGUCAAUGCAAGUCUUAGAAAAGUUAGCUGACCUCAAAAUAGUUGCACAAGGAGGAUACCCAGAGGCCGAACGAUGCCGGCUGUCACUUGGACACCCGGAGGCAUUAACAAGUGAUCCAGAUAAUGUUGCAGCCUUGAGUAUUUCAGGGAACUUUUCAUUUCAACCUUAUUCUCACGGUGAUUUCCUUGGUGCAAUCCUUGGUACGGGGAUUACAAGGAAUAAGCUGGGAGAUAUACUCUUGCAGGGUGAAAAGGGAGCUCAUGUUCUUGUUGUUCCAGAACUUUCUGACUUCCUUAUAUCAGCACUGGACAAGGUUGGAAAUGUUUCUGUCUCUUGCAAGAAGAUUCCAUUGCUUGCUCUUGAAUAUGAACCGCCAAGGACAAAGUCCUUAAAAGCCAUUGAGGCAUCAUUGAGACUUGAUGCGGUAGCUAGUGCAGGAUUCAAAGUUUCACGAACUAAAAUGUCCAGUUUGAUUAGUAAUGGAGAUGUUCGUGUCAAUUGGAGCACUGUGACGAAAAGCAAUACUACAAUUAAGACUGGAGACAUGAUAUCAGUUAGUGGAGAAGGCAGACUUAAAAUUGGAGAAAUAAGCUCAACAAGGAAAGGAAAGUUCGCUGUUGAGCUCAUCCGGUAUUUGUAAAGCAUGAAGUUAUUUGGCGAUAUUGAUUCAAACGACUCAAAAGCUGCUAUAGAUACUUAUCAAGCACUCAUUUGCCAUGCCACCGCUCUCACACUGACAAAAAUAUGUAUCCUUAUACUGAUAUGGCGAAAUAAUUCUCUCAAGUUCGCCCUGUUACAGCUGUGCGCCUGAGGCUGGUUCUCUAUUGUCUGCAACUCAGCAUUUUUCCUGGUUCAACUUCUGUUUGAUGGAGAGCAGGAAGGUGAUGGACGAGACAUGUUUGAACUUGUUCAUUCUAAAUGUCUCUGACUCCUCUCUAGCAAUUUCCUA